AUGGUGGCGCUGCUGCAGCUCAUAUACCUCUCAUUCUUGUCCAAAUUCCACGGCAAACAACAGCGGUACCGAUACUCCGAGCUAUUUGGAAGCUCUGGAUCCAAAACGAAAGGCACACAACCUGAGAAGAACGCACGGAAGGAGCGACUGAGGUACUCCCUGUCAACUGACCUGCAUCUACAGUUUCAAGCUAUGAUCAUGGCCCGUGAACCAAAAAGCGACGAGGUUUUUGUCUUGCCUGCUUUCGAGAUCCGCCACGACCGCAAAAUGCCAGCCACAAAACCAGAGCUGGUCCAGUUGUACCAGGUGGGAGAGGUGAGGCCGUUCUACGAGGAGCUGUGUCCACGAUGCCAGGUCCCUACCAACUACUCCCAGUGGGUGAACAUCCACGUGAGGGGGGGCGCGCCGCUGGAGGUGUCCUAUUGGCUGACGUGGGUGGACCCCUGGGAGCCCUUCUACAUCGGGCCUCGCUCUGUGCCGCUGUACGACGAGGGCUUCAAGCAGUACGGCUUCAACCGCAUCAGCCAGGCUUGUGAAUUACAUGUGGCUGGAUACAGGUUUUCCGUUUUAAAUUCGGCUUUUGUGGUCCACCGGGGAUUCAAGAUUCAAGGGGAGUUCCACGCCAAGAAAGACAAGGAGAACAAGCAAAAUCGCGUCUUGUUCCGGAGCUUCAAAGAGGGACUGAAAACCAAGUAUCCGUCCUCGUCACGGAGCCUCCUAUUGCCAUGA